UCAAGUUCAUCAAUGGUUCUGUCUUUUAUGGUGCAAGAAUCUUCACAUCACCCUCAUUAGCAUCGGAUGAGAACGGUUUUUUCACUGAUAACGUUGCACGACUACAUGCACAGCAGCUGGUCCACUUUUGUUAUGCGAGUCUUCUGCGCCGGUUCUCUCGCCAUCGUUUGCACAUCCUGUUGGAAUCUCGUCUUCGAAAGUUAACAUUUGUGCUGCCGUAUCAAAACCAUGGCAGUGUCAGUUGAAGGUAGUCAAGAUGAACGCCAUCUAUCCAACUGCCACGAUAUCUGGGCAGAGCGAGUCAAGCAGUGCCACGGUGAAGGAUCACCUCUAGUGGUGGUAGUUGGCGCGCAGUGGGGUGACGAAGGAAAGGGUAAGCUUGUUGACAUCCUUUCCGCCCGCGCGGACGUCUGUGCCCGAUUCAACGGCGGACACAACGCUGGUCAUACUCUGGAAAUUGACGGCGUUAGGUAUGGCAUGCAUCUUCUUCCGUGUGGAAUUUUCCAUACGCAUACCAUCGGCGUCAUUGGAAAUGGAAUGGUGAUACAUUUGAAGUCUUUGUUAUCGGAAUUGGAGCAGAUUCAGAAGAUUAACCCUGAUGCACUUAAUCGCCUGCUAAUUUCAUCUCGUGCUCAUCUGCUUUUCGACAUUCAUCAGAAGAUCGAUGGGCUGCAAGAGGAAGCGAAGGCAAAGGUUGGCGACGCGAUUGGUACCACGCGUAGAGGAAUAGGUCCUUGUUAUGCAACGAAGGCGUUGCGCUCUGGCAUUCGUGUUGGUGAACUUUUAAAUUUUAAAGUAUUUGAAACGAAGUAUAGUCGGUUGGUUCAAGAGCUCAAAGAACAGUACCGCCUUGAGUUUGAUGACAAGGAAGAGCUCGAAAGGCAUAGACGUUACGCCAGCAUCCUCGCUGAAAGAAUCACUGAUACCGCUGCAUACAUACGUAAAAGCGUGAACGAACGCAAAAGAAUUCUAGUUGAAGGUGCGAACGCGGCACUGUUGGACGUCGAUUUCGGCACUUACCCGUAUGUGACAUCGUCCAACACAACUGUUGGUGGAGUGUGCACAGGACUUGGCAUCCCGCCUCGUUUCAUCGGUCUUUCUGUUGGGGUCGUUAAAGCUUAUACAACGCGUGUUGGAGAAGGGCCUUUCCCUACAGAGCUUACCGAUGCAAUAGGCCUACAUUUACGUGAAAAGGGAGGCGAGUAUGGUACAACAACUGGGCGGCCAAGACGGUGUGGGUGGAUAGAUAUCCCUGCCCUUGUGUAUACUGCCCAAAUCAAUUGCUUUGACUGCAUAAAUUUGACAAAGUUGGACGUUCUGAGCGGGUUGAAAGAGCUUAAGAUUUGCAUCUCGUACAAGAACAAAGAGACAUCAGCCAUUGUGGCACCAGGAGAGUUUCCUUGCAGUGCUGAGGAGUUCAGCUUGUUGGAGCCCGUGUAUGAAUCAAUGGCGGGAUGGAACGGUAGUCUGGAAAAGUGCAAGACGUUGGAGGAUUUGCCGGAGGCGGCCAAAGCAUAUGUGAGGAGGAUUGAGCAGCUUCUGUCUGUACAGUGCCGGUGGAUAGGUGUGGGACCAGGUCGCGACGACACAAUCGAGGUGCCAGCUGCGUAAUAACUUCGGUGAGAGGCUACGACUCAGUGCCUCAUUUUACGGAUCGUGAUGUGGGAGAAGACUUUCCUACCGAUCCUCUGCAAUAAUGUGGUAAAAAGUGGCAAUGCACACCGAUUGGUCAUAAGUUAGGUUCCAGAGGUGCCGCUGGCAUAUUUGUGGCUCUUCCUCUUUACGGCAGUGUCUGUUGUUUGCGUCUACCUUCAUGGGCAUUGCAUUUGUCAUUUUUUGGAGAUGGAUUUCCAGAUGGGAAUUACGGACCUCUUCCAGUUUCAGUCUCACAGGCAUCAGCAACCAUCGCUACGCCACUUCUAUCGGUGGGCUCACAUUCCUGUGUGAGAACCAAACCCAACAGUUAGCUGUGGUGCACGCCGAAGUACUCUUCUGAAAUUCUUUGGACAUCGGCUACUCCUACACAGAACUGUACGGAUGUUUUUGUAGAGACAGGCCAGCCUUGUCGCAGAAAGGUGCGUGUAGAUGCUAUGUGUUCUCAAGAUUCACGCCAUGAAAUGCACCCUCCUUCACAACUGUUGCACCUGGUUCAAAAAACAAAUGGCAGUACGCUGUCUUCAAUCUUCUCAAUUUUGAUAGAUUGAAGCGUAGUCCGAGUGUUUGACGUGAGGGUGAUAGUCGCAGAAGUGGUGAGAGAGACCUGACCAGUUGCCUAAAAAAUCGUCGGCUGUGUCGUAUCUUUUAUUGUUCUUGCGAGUGAUUGCACUCACCGAGCUAUAUUGGCCUGC